AUGGUCAGUUCCGUAGAGCCUCAUCUUCAUUUUUUCUCUUCUACUCGCUUUGUACACUUCGUUUCCUUGUUUCUCACUCCCUUGUUCCGCCUAGUAGUAUUUUUCUUGUUACGUUUUUUGUUUUUGUUUUUUCGACGUUUCUGUGAUCUCUGUUUAUAGAGGCCGCAUUCAACACAAGGGCCUUGUAUGCGUACCCUCUUCUAGGGCUUGGUCAGGAGAGAACGAAUUUCCGAUGCCUACUCUUGGUCAGCCGUCGCCCCAUUGCGGCCUUCAGGAGUUGUCUUUUAGACCUGUCGCAUCCAUUAGGGGUUGUCGGGAAGUGUAGGGAUAAAGUGAAUGAGCUCGCCUUGCCGCCAUUUUCUCCUAUUAGUUAUAGGGGAAGGGGGAUUUCCUGUGAACUUUUUAGCUGCACAUUACUGGGUUUCUCUCAAUCAUACUAGUUACGACGAUGGAAUCCUGCGUUAACGAUGCUAUUUUGUGGGCAUCACCCUUCGGCUGUAAGCGUGGAUUUGGAUGUGGAUCUGGAUCUGGAUAAGACAUGUGGGCGAUCUGCUUGGCCAUUUUGAUCUUGGAGAGAUUAUUAGUUGCUUGUUUUCUGUCUUUGGUUAGUAAUUUUCCAUUCAUUGUCCUGGUAUUAAGGGAGUGAGGACUGGGGUCGCAGGAAAAAAUGGGUUAGACGGCACCCCUUAUGGAGAGGGCAUCCCAUAUACCCGUCUCUCCCAGGGAUCUGGUGUCCGAGCGUAGUUAUGCUUCCUGUUUAUAUGUUGUUACGACGGUGAUCUGAGGGAAUUUUUGUUUGCUUGUUCUGUAGGAUGGGCAGGAACCAGGCGAUCAGAAACAAAGCACGGCCGAUAUGACGGUCUUUGUGAGUUAAUUUCUGUUCUCGACUGUGGCCCAUUUGAUUAAGCUCUAAUCUUGAUGAGGAGUACGGGUCGGAACACAGUACGAUCUCUCUGAUGAACAGCGUAACGCACUAUUAUGUCUACCUAAUAGAUGGAGAGUUAUUUUUUUCAUCGCGAGCCCUUCCCCUAUGGGCUGGUGGUCGAGUGGUGCGUCAUUCACUUGCUUUUAUUUUGGAUCGGUUCUGAUUUUCACGUGGGUUUGUGCAGGUUCAGAAUCUCCUUGGCCAGAUGGUGAGUUAAAUUCUGUUCCCAGCUGGGAGUUCCUUGAGCCUGGAUUUUGUAUAUUCUUUGUACUGAUAGGGAGGCAUUUGCACUCCAGCAAAGCAGGUUUCAGACAAUGUCCAAUUCCAUCGUCCAGAAGAAUAUCCUUUCUGCGACUUCAUGCUCGUCUGUGCCAUGCGCUUGAUGUUUGCCUGAUUUGAUGGUUUAGGCCUGGAACGGACCUCAUCGCUCGAUUUUUCUCCUUUCUAUUCGCCGCGCUGAUGAUUUGAUGAUUUGAUGAUUUUUCUCUUUUCUAUUCUGCAACUUCAUUCUCCUUUCAUUCCUCAUCGCCCUGAUGUUCAUAAUCUACCGCUGGAUUCUUUCUUUAGACAUCACCACAAGCUACCAGCGUGUGUAUCGUUCGAUCAGACUUGGAUAUUGUUGCAUCCGUGCGUCCUCGUUCCUUCGGGAGGGAACAAGGCCUCGUCUGUCUUCUUCUGGCCCUCACAUAAUAGUUCCUACCCUCGCUCAUAGUUAGUUCCUCCCCUAACUUUCUCUUUAUUCCUAGGCUCGAAGCGCCAUCGUGGCUCGUUUUUCAGUCGCUUUUGUAUUCACCAGCAAAUCCGAGAGGGAAAAGUGCACCUUAACUGCCGCGUACUAGACGAAAUGGGGAGCAGGAUAGGUGAACUGGAACAGAGCAUCAACAAUCUCAAGGCGGAGAUGGGAGUGGAGAAUGAACCCACCGAGAGAACUGAAGAGAAGGCGCCCGCCACCGAGCCCCCACACAAGGACCAGUAG